UUUGCGAAAAUAAAGUUUACACGUGAUUUUACACGCUCUUUUUUCAUCUCUACCUUGUUUUCGUAGUUAAUUGUUUAAAUUAGUUAAAUUAUUUUGUUAUUGUUCGUAAUUUAUUGUGCAGUAUCAUGUCGAAGACAACUUCUUUAGCCUCUCAAUUGAGGAAUCUUGAGACUCCUCAAACAAGUGUUCAAGUCAAAUCAAGGGCUUCGUUCCUGUAUGAUAGAAAGAAAGCCAUUUCUAUCGAUAGAGAUACUCAUUUCAUUUUCGGUUGGUCUGGUUUCAUUAACAUUUGUAAAAUAGACCAAUCUCUGACUAUUUUUGAAAGUCUGUUCAAUGUAACGCAAAAAGAUUUGGAUCGAGCCAUGCUUUCUAAGGAGGAAAAUGAAAAUUUGAAUAAGAUGAUCAAAAAUUUUCUUUACCAGGUUGUAUCACCUUACUUCUUGUUGAAAGACACCCAAUAUAUGUUAGAAUGGUUAAUCUACAGAUACUCCAUUCAUGAAUUUAAUCUUGAUGACCUCAUCAUCGCUGUACUGCCGUAUCAUGAAACUAAGCUCUUCCCUCGUGUAGUCCAAUUGAAUUUAAAAAUUAGAGAUUCAAGUCACAAAUGGCAUUGGUUACACAACGUGGGUAAACAUGGUGUCCCCUUGCCCAAAGACUCUCUCCUGAACCAUCUUAAAAGCAACUCGUCAACUAUCAAAUUAUUGAUAAAUCACAUUUUGGAGACUAUUUCAAAUCAAAAUAAGAUACCCGUGGUGCUAUCUUUCUUCACAUCCACACUUGUCGCCAUUUUGGAAGAUGAUCAUUUCAUUUUAGAAGAUUCUUUCAAAUUUGUAUUCAUCACUAUGAUUCUCGACUUCAUCUCCAAAAGUUCAAAAAGCCAAGAAGCAUCAUUGGUACAGUCAGGGUACAUAGUUUUAUCUCAACUUGUUACAAGGACUACCAUCAAAGCAUCUGUAUUGGAAAAGCUUUUGUGCAAAAUGGCUAAAUAUUUCGCAUCGUCUAACCACGCUAAUGAAGAAAAUUUUCUACUAACUCUCUUAAUUGUUUUUGAAUAUCAAGAACUGGAAAAAAUUCCUGAGCGGUUGGCUGGUGUACUAAAUCUAGACAGAUUUGUGGAGAUGACUAGUCAGAUAAAUUCCAACUAUCUUUUGACAUCUUUAUUAACUUUUUACAUCAGUAGAUGUGAAGAUGAUGGUGAAUAUAUGAAUUGCAUUAAAUUGAUCGAUAAUCUUCAACUCAGGACUCGAACUUUAUCUAAAGUUUUGGAAGCAAUUAUUGAAAAGAAGUCGGAUGGAUCAGCUGAUAACUCUAAACUUUGUAAUGUUUUACAGCUUUUGGAAAGACGCUUCCCUACAGAAUUCGAUGAAGCGACUAGUACUGUUGAUAUGCAAGGCUUGAAAGAUUUGAUUGUUUCGCCAUUUUACACUAGUUUAAGCGAUAAAAACCUCAACGUUUUCGUUGGUUUAACAAGUGCCAAUGAAGGAAUACGAGUUAUUUCAGCGCGCCAUAUUGCAACCCACCAGAAAGAAAUUUUGAAGUGUACUGAUGAAUCGACUAAAAAGUGUAUAGCCGAUGCGUUGACUAACACUCUUCAUGAAAGUAAUCCUCAAGUUCUCAUAGAGCUUCUUUCAUGCAAAGAUUUAUUUACUAAAAUGGUCCCACUAAAUGAUCUCAUUGAAUAUGGUAAAAAGCUUCUUCCACGAUGUAUCGAAAUGAUUGGCCAGAAGAAUAAUGAUGAUGAUGAAAUUCAAAACAACUGGAUUACUGUAAGGCGAAAUUGUUUCAAACUCGUCUCCAAUUUAGAUCAUACAGAUGAAUCACAAUUUUGGGACCUAUUUGUUGACUAUUUUCUGCCGCUAGAUGCUACUGGACUAUCUUUGUUUUCAGUUAUUUUUGAAACUAACAUUGAAAAAAGUAACAAGAAGUUAUUCAAUUGGAUCAAGUCAAUCUAUACGGAAGAGCUCAAAGCAUUCAUUGCAGAUGAAGACUAUGGUUCCUCUAUAGAUAUGGUGACUUUACAUAUUGCUCAAUACCUGAACAAACAACCAAACUCUCCGUUACUCGAUGUGCUCAAUCAACCUGGUAAAGACAAUUAUCGGAAACAUAUACUUGGACUUUGUGUUCUUUAUCAUCUUUUACCACUACAAGCUAACAAUUUCGAGGUGUAUAACAAGCUUUCCUUGACUUGUAUCUCGAUAUUAUCUAAACUCGUUGAUUCCAAGCAUGUCAAAUUCAGGCAAAAAACAUUUGAAACCGAGUCUGGAAGUUUUGAAAAUAUCAAAGACUUUAUCAAUUAUUCUAAAAAAUGGCUUGUCAAGAGUAUGGUGGUAACUCCUGAAAUGAUUGAGCUUUUUGUUUUCAGGAUAAUUUCUACCAAGCAGUUGCCUGAUACGAAUACAUGGUUUUGGCAUUCUCAAACUAUUGAAAACAAUUACAUCCAUGGUCUCUUCAAUUUUCUUUGUCAUCACAGUCAUCAUGGAAAGGUACAAUCUUUAAAUAUCUUUCAAAGGAUGCUUAAACAUUUCGUUGAAGAGAUGAUAACUUUCUGUCCAAAGUUUCUGAUUGGUUUAUGGGUUAAAUCGAACGAUCCCCUGUUACAAGCCAGAGCCCUUCAAAUUGCAUCUUUUGCUCUCAAAAAGAUCACUUUCGACGAGAUUGACUUGCUAUCACUUUGUAUUGCCUUACAAUCGCCAUAUGCACAUGUUCGAAGUGAAGCCGUUAAGGUCUUGGAUCUUGAAUGCAAACCUCGUGCUUUCUUUAACUUCUUUAAAUCAUUUAAAGAAUUAAUUGUGGGUGACAACCGAGAAAUGAGCAUAGCCAUGAGCAAAUUCUUAUCCGAAAAUCCUUUCAAAGGCAGUUCUUUGACUUUUAAAUGUCUUGAAAAACAUCUUAAAAACCGUUCUACUCCUUCUUCUAUUCGAGUAGAAAUUUCAAGCAUGUUGAGAGACUAUCAGACAAAUGAAUGUGUUGAGUUAUUCUUGGAGCUUUGCAAUACAUCUCUUUGCACAUCUAGUCCAAGUUUAAUCGAAAAGCAAAUGUGUUUCUUUGGUGGUCGCAAAAUAAUUGAAAAACUACCAGAUCUGGAAGAAAUGGCGGAAUCUACUCAACGAAAGAUGUUCGAUCUAUUCAAAAAAAUCCUGACCCAUGAUGAUUAUCGCCUUCUACUUCUAGAAUUAUUCGACAAAACUUAUGUUCGAGAAUUAUCGGAAGGUGCUAAAAUUUUUGUCAUCAAAUCUUUACUGAAUUUGAUCGAUUUUAAAAAUGAAAGCGCUACCAGAAGAAAAUUGAAAAAGUUUUUAACUGAUGGUGAAUUGGUUGCUAAAAUUAUUGAAGAAAUUCUUGAUUCUGAUAAAGAAGAUCCAGAUACUUCGGUACAAACCAAAAAAAGGAAAGUUGACAAAGCCUCUGCUGAGCAAGCAUCAAAGAAAGACAAGAAAAUUGUUGAACCUGGAACAAACGAAUGGAAGAAAAUCGUUAUUUUACUUGAAAUAUUCGCUUCUAAGGAGAAAUUUGAUGGAGCUGAUAAGUUGAUAGAAAUAGUCUUCAAGCUUCUUAAAGAUAAUCUAAUACCAGACGAACAAUCUUCUCAGUCAGAAUAUUUCCGAUCUCUUCUCUUAGUCAUUCUUUCGAGUUGUCUUGACCAAAAUGACAUCGACAUGAGUAGUUGUAAUUUAAGUCAUAUUGUUGAAAGCUUACGACUUGCAAGGCUUAGAGAAACUCGAAUGCAAGCUCUAUCCAUCAUCAAUCGAAUCUCAAGUCAAAGAAAAGACGGUAUUUUGGAAGAUAUCUUUGGAAUUUUCGGCUUCAUGGGUGAUGACUUGAUCAAGUAUGAUGAUCAAUACACUCUCAAAAUUCUAGAUGAUACAAUGGAAACAUUAAUUCCAAGUUUGGCUCAUUGCAAUAACGAGUCUCCUAAAAAAAUUAUUGAGACAUUUAUCGACGCAUUCGAUGGUAUACCUGUUCAUCGUAGACUAUAUCUAUUCCAGAAACUCGCUAACCUUUUAGGAGAGGAAAACUAUCUCUGGAUUAUUGUUGCUAAAUUAGUUCGCCGGUCUCAAGAUAUUGAAGAUACAAAGAAGGAAAUACAAGAGUUUGCUUCUGCUCUUGUUUGUAGCUUUGAUGCAUCUAUUCAAAUGAAUACGAUUAAGCAACUUAUGGAAAUCAGCUUAAAAAUCCUGACUUCCAAGUUCAUUCCAGCACUAUGGGAAAAUUUCCGACUAAAUGACAUCAGCAAAAGCGAGUUUGUUCGUGAAGUAAUCGAAACCAUUUAUCUAGUGGUUUCCUCGGACAAUUAUGUUUCAGCCAUUGCCAAAUCCAAAUGGUCUGAUGUUGUUCACCUGUUUAAUGAACUAUUUGAAACUAAUUUAUUAUUGAUCGAUCAAAGUAACAAGACUAUUAGCAAACCUGGCCGUUAUAGCAAUCGACUUACUAAACAGCUUCUAAGAGUCUUGGAAAAGAUCAACUCUUUGUUGCCUGGGCCAGAAUUUAUUUCUGUUAUGCAUCGUCUACUCGAUUCAUCUACUCUAACUGUCAGACGAAAAGCACUUAGCCUGCUCAAUGCUCGAUUGAUGACAAACAAUCUUAAAAAAUCAGAGAUUUCAAUGCUUCGUGACUUUAUUCAGCCUAUUGUGAAUAUCAUAGCUGAUAUCAAGGAAAAUAAAACCGAUUAUCAAAUUGUCACAUCACAAACUGGUUUAGAGAGCAUAAUCCUCAUUUCUAAAUUAUUGGACGGUGAUCAGGAUAGCACCCAAUUGCUUAAUGCAGCUUUAAAAUCAAUACUUUCAGUUUCUGAAGAAAUUUCAGAUAUUGAGAAACCUAAUUUACUGGCAUCAAUUAUUCUCUGCAUUUCUCAGUUAGUUACCUGUUUACAAGAUAAUUGUUUGCCUUUGUUCCCAUCUGUUAUGUCAAUCACUUUGGCAGCUUUAAAAGAAAAAUCGGAUGAUACACAACACACUUUACUACUCAGCUCUCUAACUGGUCUCAAUAAAAUUAUUAAAUGUUUUGGUAAAUUUUUAAGUUCAAAUCUUGUCGAGCUAUUGUUAACGAUUUGUUCCCUCAAAUCAAAGCAUAUUACUGGUAUGGCACAAAAAUUCGAUAAGGUUGUGACAAGUUUGGCUACUUUGGUUCCAUUCAGAAUUCUCAUGGAAAGCUUGGAACAAGUAUACGAUCAACUUGAAGAAUCGGAGCCUCUUUAUGUGUGUUUAGCCAUCUUGAAAGGUGGAUUAGUGAAUUGUGAUAAAACUGAAGUUGAGCUAAACUUGCCAAACAUUCAAAAGUUUGCUCUGAAAUUAUUAGAUCAUCGCUCAAUUCAUGAUGGCAAAUUGGAAGCUGAAGCUAUAGUCAAAAUCGAGGAUACAAGUAUCGCAGCUAUUUCGACUUUUGUUCUUAAACUCUCAGAGGCUAGUUUCCGUGCAUUUUUCUAUAAGGUUUACGAUUGGCUCAAAGUUACCAGGGAAGAUUUCAAUCGAGUAAUCACUUUCUAUCGGUUGACUAACAAGUUAUCAGAUAAAUUGAAAGAGUUAUUCAGUGCAUUUGCAGCCCCUUACAUUGUUAUCGAUUGUGUUAAGCAACUGAAAGCAUUCCAUAUCGAUUCUGAAGAUAGUGUUUUUAAAUCCAAGAAUUCCAAAAAUCAAAAAGCAUUUUUGGAAGAAAUUGGACAUCUUAUUAUCAUCAAUAUUUUGACUACAUUAUCUAAAAGCUUUCAACAUGAUAAUAACUCUACGUUUGCCACCACCGAUAGAACUAAAAAAUUGUAUCCUUUAAUAUUGGAUCAAAUAACAAAUGAUUUCGGACCAGAAGAUAAAUUUAUCGAACGAAUUGACAAUGGUUUAAUUCCGUGUGUUCAACAUCUGGUUAGGGCUGUUAAUGAUCACAAUAUCGUCAAAGAUGUUAACUAUCAAAUAUUAUUAAAGACUAGAGAAAACUCAGUCAAGGUUCGUUAUCAAUCUCUACAUGUGCUCCAUCAACUCAUAUUGUCAAUGACCGAAGAGUACACACCAUAUAUUCCAGAAGCUAUUCCUUUCUUGGCUGAACUCCAUGAAGACGAUUCUGAGAUUAUACAAAAAUUAUUACUCACUGUGUUCAGUGAUAUUGAGAAAAUUUUCGGAGAACCAAUUAGUUCAUAUUUCUGAGAAAAAUCAGAAUUUUAUAAAUGCUGCAAUAAUGAUGGACAUAUAUUGCAUAUAAUUUAAGUUUUACGUCCUUUUGUAAAAUUUGUAUAAUAAAAUGACCAGGGUAAACCAAAAAAUAUUAAACUAUUUCAUGAAGCUUGAACCUGGAUUUCCCAUUUUUGUAAUUUUUGUAUCUUUAAUUGUAUCUCGUCUCUAUUUUCACGCUUUCAUGGAAGUGAUAGUAAAUACAUGUUUGAAUAAAUAUAAAUGAGUUGAGUUAAAUUACGAA